UUGUUAACUACGGGUGGGAAAAAACAUCCAAGAUGUCCGCCUCGUAGAAAACGUGUGCUUUUACAGUCAUGUCUGUUAACGGAUAAUAAUAAUACUAAUAAUACAAAAGCUAGAGAUUGUAUUUAGGAAGUCUUUAUAGCAAAGCGAGGCAGUUUGGACAGCUGUCUGCUUAGCUAGGGGAUAAUUGACACAGUCUCAGAGUAAACUGAUGAAAGUGUCUGAGCCAGGAAUCUCAUCAGUAGAGACAGAAUGGCAGCACUGACUUUAUUUGUGCAGAAUUUACCUGCAUCAGCGUCCAGUGAGCACCUGGAGGAAAUCUUCUCCGAAAUAGGACCGGUGAAGCGCUGCUUUGUGGUCAGAGAUAAAGGCUCAGAGACAUGCCGUGGUUUCGGCUACGUCACUUACUGCAUGGCAGAAGACGCCCAGCGAGCUCUCAGAGAAAUGAAGUACUACGAAGAUAAAAAAAUAAUAGUGAUUCAGGCAAAGAAGAAACUCUAUGAAAAGAAGCAGGGAAAGAAGAAAAAAGCCGAGGUAAAAACAGAGAGAGCUGAGGUAAAAACAGAGAGUCCUGAGGUAAAAACAGAGAGUCCUGAGGAACCAUCAGAGGUGAAAAGCCAGCCGAAGUCACAAGGCAUGAGGAAGAACAAGAUGAAGGCCAGGCUUAUUAUCCGAAAUCUCAGUUUCAAAUGCUCUGAGGCUGAUCUUAAGGAAGUCUUUUCAAAGUAUGGGACAGUGCUGGAAGCUAAGAUCCCUCUAAAACCAGAUGGAAAGAAACGAGGAUUUGCCUUCGUCCAGUUUAAAAACAUACAGGAAGCAGGAAAAGCACUCAAAGCAACCAACCUGAAAGAAAUUAAAGACAGGCAGGUUGCUGUAGACUGGGCCGUGUCUAAAGACAAGUACGUGGCUAAUCAGCUCAGCUCGGCCUCGGGAGGUAAAAAAGUGACGGAGGCUGAUGAUGAGGAUGUCAAGCCUGUAGAGAAACAGUCUAAAUCACAGCCAGAGGAGAGCUCUCACAGUGAAUCUGAGGCAGGCUCAUCAUCUGAUGAUGAUGAUGAUGAUGAUGAUGAUGAUGAUGAAGAGGAUCACAGCAAAGACAGCGAGGAUGAAGAGCAUAAUGACUCUGAGUCUCUGGAAGCAGACAGUGAUGCAUCAGAUGACGAGGAUACGGAUGAAGAUGAUGAUAAGGAGGAAAAUGCCAAGAAGAAGAAACCGAAGAAACUUCUCCCUUCAGACGUGAAUGAGGGUAGAACGAUAUUUAUAAGAAACCUGUCUUUUAACUCGGAGGAAGAGGAAAUAGAGGAAGUUCUUCUGCAGUUUGGUGAACUCGCAUAUGUGCGGAUUGUGGUGCAUCCUGAAACGGGACACUCGAAAGGCUAUGCUUUUGCGCAGUUCAAAACAAAAGAGGCAGCAGAGAAAUGUCUAGCAGCAGCAGCACAGACGGAAUCUGAGACUGGCGGUGUGUGGGUGGAUGGGAGGAAGCUGAGCAUUGUGUUGGCAGUGACCAGAGAGGACGCUUCCAAACUGAAGAACAAGAAAGUGAAAACUCACACAGGCUCCAGGAACCUCUACCUUGCCAGAGAGGGCUUGAUCCGUGCUGGAACCAAAGCAGCAGAAGGAGUUUCUGAAUUUGAUAUGGCCAAGAGGGAGAGGCUUGCAGAGCUGAGGCGGGCAAAGCUGAAGGAUGUGAACGUGUUUGUCUCUCAAACCCGGCUGUGUAUUCAAAACCUUCCCGGAAGUGUGGACAACAAAGGUCUCCGCAAACUCUGCAUGCUUGCUGCAGGGGGAGGAAAGGGUGUCCGUAUCAAGGAGUGCCGAGUUAUGUACGACAGGAAGCCGGUGCGUGGUGAGCCGAUGGGUCGCUCACUAGGUUACGGCUUUGUGGAGUUUCAGGAACAUGAACACGCCCUCCAAGCCCUGCGUCACCUCAACAACAAUCCUAAAAUCUUCAAGGCCAACAAGAGGCCCAUUGUGGAGUUUUCGCUGGAGGAUAAGAGGAAGUUACAAUUGAAGGCUUGGAGGGAGCAGAAGAGCAAAAUGACAUCUGCGGCUUACCCCGGGGCAGGAAAGAAACAAGUGAGCAGAUUUGGAACUCUGGAAGGCACAAGUACGCAGCCUCAGCAGAAAUCUCCUAAAAAGCCCUCAGCCGCAGUUCAGCAGUCAGAGGAAUUUCAGAAAGGAGGCAAGAAGAUCCAGGGAGUUGUAAGCAGCCAUUACUCAGGUUUCAGAACCACACCAGAAGUAGAGCACGUCGAGCUGGGUGACGGCAAAAAACGGCAGAAGAUUCUUCCCAUGCCUUCUCGUAUCGGGCCAAAGAUCAGGAAACGGGAUAAAGGUAAACAGAAUGCCCAGGUUAGGAAAGUGAAGACGAUCCCCAGCAGGAAGGAGAGAAAGGGAGUACUCUCGAUGGAGAAACCCAGUCCAAAUAAGAAACAGAAUGCCAAACCAGCGAAGAGGAAGUUCCAGAACAGAGAGCACGAUCACUUUGACCGUCUGGUCGAACAAUACAAGAAGAAACUCACAGGCACUUCGAACUCUAACGAAUCCCUCGUCAAGAAGAGCAAGUGGUUCAGUUGAGCUUGGAUCUAAAAAGUGCUGUGUGAAUGUGAGUGAGAACAUGCCAGAGAAAGACUGAAUUUUACUUGGUGUGCCUGGUGCGAUACGUUUUAUAUUAAAGGUAAUAAUAAAAAAAAUUCUAAUAAUGUAACGUUUCAUGUUCCAGCAUUUUCUUAUUAUAUUGUGGGAGCUACUGUACUUUUAGGUGUAGCAUUAUACACCACUCUAUGGAAAAUAAAUAUUUGCGUAAAACUUGG